AUUUUUGAUAAAGAGUGGAAUUGUACGACUUCAUUUAGUUGAUUAUUUGUAAUUUAGAUUAACUUGAAUUCAAUGUAAAAACUCGAUAAUUCUAGGAACAGUAUCAUUCAAAGACACGAAAGUUUGUUGAUAAUUUUAUCAAAUAGAUAGUAUAUUAUAUAGCAAAUAAAGGGUCGAAAAAAUAGAUUAAAUGCAAGAACCAAAGCUUCAUUCGCAACGGAACGAUCAACUACGAUUGGCCAUUUACCACCGCCCAUGCUGGCGAUUGGAUGAUCAUGCAGGAAGUCGCUAUCUUAAAACUGAAACAGUGAACCAGGGAUUCCCCACCUGUGGAUGUUCGGAGUCGCAUGCAGCCAUACAGCGGCAAGUGAGAGACGGUCCAGAGUAACGAAAACUUUUGUCAGCGCAACAAGUAUCUUUUCUAUUGGUGGUAUACGUACACUCCAAAAUGUACUCCUUUAUUGGAUUAUUACUGAUUUUUGCGGUCCUCGUACAAAGUCGGAUAGAAGUAGAUUUGUAUGAACACAAACCGUCCGAGAAACACGUUAAGAGAUUGUUUAAGAGAAGUUUGCAAAGGGAUGUCCGUUUUAAUGAUUCUGUGGUGCUUAACAAAUUUUUAAACGGCGAAUAUUACGGCGAAAUCAAAGUGGGCUCACCGGCAAAAACCUUCAAAGUUAUCUUCGACACGACCUGGGCAGACUCUUGGUUACCGUCGUCGCAUUGCAGUUGGAACGAGAUCGUAUGCAAACUCCACACGCAAUACGAUAGUUCAGCUUCGUCGUCUUAUGUGCCCAACGAAACCCGUUUCAUAAAUAUAACCGACAACCAGUUCUCGCUGUGGGGCUUUUUGGCAACUGACACCUUUCACUUAGCUCACAUAAAUUUGCCGAACCAAACGUUCCUCGAAGCUACGCACCUAUCGAUCAAUCCAUUUUGGCACUAUCGAGCUGACGGCUUCAUUGGCUUAGCUUUCAAAGAGCAUACACUUUUUAACGUUACACCUUUUUUCUAUAAUCUUAUUAGGCAAGGACUGAUCAAGGAGAAUAUUUUUACUUUCUACAUGAACCGAGACGAGACUACGACAAGAGCUGGCAAACUCAUACUCGGCGGAACGCAAAGAUCACAUGUACAAAAUGAUACACUCACAACUCUAAAAGUCACCGAGAAAAGUUACUGGAUGAUUAAAAUAGACAAUAUUUUCGCUCGAAUGAACAAGACGGAUUAUCCAAUCAUCAACAAUAUUAAAGCCUUUUUCGAUACAAGUGCCAAUGCCAUAACUGGGCCUGCAGAUGCCAUCAUGAAGCUCAAUUAUAUGCUCAACGCUAUUUACGUACCUUACCUCAAUAUGUACUCGGUAAACUGCCGAAAAUAUGCCAAGCUACCGACUAUACAUUUUGUUAUGAACGGAACUGAAUUCAUCAUUCAGUCCAAGUAUUAUGUACAGCGGAUGACGUUUCAAAAUAUUGAAGCCUGUUUCAGCCCAUUUGUUCCAAAUCCUGAUCCAAAUUCAUCAGUAUGGGAGCUCGGAGGUGCUUUCAUGAUGGAAUUUUAUACAGAAUUUGAUAUGGACAAUAGCAUGGUUCGAAUCGGUCAGACAAUUUUUUAAAAUACUUGAUCGUCAUUUAUUUCUUCAACUUCAGUUGUACUUAUUCUAUUGGCGUGCAGACAAUUUUAUUACAUAAACUUCUUAUGCUAUGAUAUUAUGCACAAUAAUUUCUAUGUAUAAUAAAACUAUGCACCAUUGUCCGCACGCCAUUCUAUUCAAUGCCUGUUUGUGCAAUGUAUGUUUUAAAUGUCUUGCCUUGCAUUAUUUUGGCAAUAUUAUGUGAUACUUUGGUAUAAGCAAACAUUGUCUUAUUACAUUUAGGUAAGAUUUACUUAAUAAAUUUUGUAUCACUGGUAAACGAAAAUUAUUGAUACAUGACUCAUUUUUACAAGUUAACAAGUUCAAUAGUAAAUAGAAAGGUUAUAUCAUGACUACAUUUGUGGAAGUAAUUUAAAAUAAAUAUUUAAUGUUUUCCCCGGCGCUAAAGCUUUCAUUGUCAUUGAAUGAGUGAUUUUUAUUAUUGAUGAUUAUCCACGGACUAAGUUUUCAGUAAUAGGUAAAUAUGAAUGAUCGACAACAUCGAUUAGCGUAGCGGUGCACUUUAAUAUUUAAUGCGAAUUUUGACGGAACUCUUUAUUCUAAGAAUAUAGUGAUGUAUUGUGAAACUGUAACCGAUUUAUUGAAUCUUUAUUAUCUUC